AUGAAAGGCAUACAGGGUUUGAAUAAUUCCUGCUACAUUGAUGCAUCGGUGUUCUGCAUGUUUGCUUUCAACUCUACAUUCGACUCUGCACUCCACAAGAAUAAUGGCGGGAAAAAAACAGGUGAUGAUGAUGAUUUGCUUUUCAUUAAAGUGAAAAUGCAAAAGUGCUUGAGAGAUUCCAUUGUCAAUCCUUUAAGAAGGGAUUUCUUUGUAUCUGCUGACAAAGUAGCAACACUGAGAAGUCUCCUCGAUCAAAGCCUCACUGGUCAGAGGUUCUUGUUUGAAGAAAAAGACCCUGAAGAGUUCAUGAAUGCAGUGCUGGAGGACAUGCUGAAUGUCGAUCCUUUCCUUAAGUUCAAUACCGGUCACGAGUCGCAUAUUCACCAGCUGUUCAUUGAUAAGGACAACCUUGACAUUGACCUCACGUUGACCUCUGUGCAACAGCUCAUUGAAAUUUCUUUUUUCCAAUCUACGUUGAAAUUAACGCAGAAGCCAGCGUGCCUGAUGCUACAAAUGCCUCGUCAUGGCAAGGAGUUCAAGAUGUUCGACGUCAUCAUCCCAUCUCUCUUCAUUGACGUCACUGAUCUUUUGCAGUAUGGUAUAAGAGAAUGUACGAUAUGCGGGGAGAUGGGAGUCUUUGAAUGUUCACAUUGUUUCCACAGUCACAAGACACUCUCCUCCAUUGUCUUCUGCCAAGCCUGCUCAAAGCAGUACCACAGCCACAACAAGAGGAGCCACCAUCAGCCACAAUCCAUUAAAACUCUCUUCAUUAAUUCAACACCAAAUGCCUCUUCAACGGAAAAGAUGGAAUUGUUUGCCGUCAUGUGUGUGGAUGUCAAUCAUUUUGUUAGCUUCGUGAAGACGGGCAGCCACGCUGACUCUCCUUGGAUUUAUUUUGAUAGCAUGGUGAACAGGAAAGUCGCUGACAACGUCUUGAUUCCUAGCAUUAGAGUCUGUUCCUUCCUACCAGGAUUGCUGACAACCAGUGAAAGCAAAUUGAAAUCAACCUGCCUGGCGAUCAAGUCUGGCGAGACUGACAACGAACUGAUGAAGAGGUUUCUUUCAGAUGCUUAUAUCUGCAUGUACAGAUCUACUGAGUUAAUGUUUUAUAAAUAA